UGUAGGCGGAGCCGCACAGCACAACGCCGCGCCUCCACCCUCGCCGCCUUCCGCCACGCCACUCCACCCGCCGGUCGCCGCCGCGGCAGCGAAAGGCGGAGGCGUCACAGGACGAUCGGAGCCUCGUAGCUCUACGCCCCAUCCGCCCUCCCCAGCAGCAAGGGCGCGGAGGUCGCCCGCCAUGCUGCGCCGGUGCGUGCGGGAUCUGCACUCGCUGCGGCCCCUCAGGAGGAUCCCUAGGCCGAUCUCCAGCGAGGUCCCAAGUCCAGCAUGUCUUCGACCCAGAAGCAAGUCAACAAAAGCUUCUCAACAGGGUUCAACACAGAAUACUGUCCCUGGCCCUCAAGGAGAACCUUCUCGGUCAGGAAGCAGUGUUUCAAAAGUUCUGCUUGGAACUCUGGUAGUUGGUGGUGCUGCUAUGGCUGCCUAUCAGGCUGGCUACAUAGACCACCAAUUUAAGGACAGAAUAUUUCCCUCUACCAUUAAGGUGCAAAAUAUCCGGAAGAAAUAUGAAGAUCUGAAGGCUCCUUCUGAACAGAAGGAUGAUGAAAUGCAAGUUGUAUCAGAUCCAAACGUUGAUAUUGUUCAGAAUGGUAAUAGUAGGGCUCAUCCUCCAAAGGACCUUCCAACUGAAGGGGUGGCUCCUCAAGAAAUUCCAACUACUGGUGAGGAACCUGUUUUCUCUGAAGAAAAAGAAAGAGAAACCCUCGCUCAGGUGAUGCCACCAGUUCCACAUGAACAUGGAGUAGAUACUAAACCGCCAUCUCAAGAUGUUCCUGUUAUUGACAUAAAACCAAUAGUUAAUGAUAAGGCAGCAAGUGAAGUUCUUCCUGAAGAAACAGACAAGACGACCAGUGCAAUUUCUCCAGUACCAUCAAGCUCAGCAACAGUAGAUCCUUCCUAUCAUUUUCACACAGAUACAGAUGCACCAAAGGAUCCAUCAAGUGCUGGUGUGAAUGAACAUAAAUCUCUGGCCGAGACAUAUUUGCUACAAGAAGAACCUGAUAAUUCUAAAUACACGAGUGCCAAGGAAAGUAAACACGAUGAAGCUAUUAGUACCGGAGCUUCUGAUGACAGGAAAAUCGUACUUGAUAUUAUAGAGGCUAUUCAUGCUGCUGAAAGAAAGCAGGCAGAUGCAGAUGCCUAUAUGUAUUCAGAGGAGAAAAGGAAGUUGAAGGAGAAAUAUGAAAAGGAAUUGAAGGACACCAGGGCCCGGGAACUCAUGUAUGCUGAAGAGGCAGCAAUUCUAGACAAGGAGCUGAAGAAAGAGAAAGUGAAGUCAGCUGCUGCAAUUAAAGAACUGCAAGAAAAUGCUGAACAAAAACUACGGGAUGAGCUACAGAGGAAGGAUGAGGAAGCUAGUCAACAAGUUGAGAAGGCUCGUGAGUUAGCAAAAGCUGAGCUUGCUGCAGCUCUUGCAAAGGAGAAAGCAUCUCAGAUAGAACAAAUUGCUGAAGCAAAUCUCAAUAUAGAUGCUUUGUGCAUGGCGUUCUAUGCACGAUCUGAAGAAACUCGGCAGAGUCAUUCAGUUCAUAAGCUUGCUCUGGGUACCCUUGCUUUGGAAGAUGCUCUAUCCACUGGAUCACCAAUCCGUGCAGAGGUGGAUCAGUUGCGUAAAUCUCUUGAAGGUAUUGAUAAGGACUCACUGUUAGAAUUGGCUCUUUCAUCAGUUCCAGAAGAUGUUCUCGAAUAUGGAUCAGAUACUCCUAUGGAGCUGAAACAAAAGUUUAAUUCCUUGAAGGAGACAAUCAGGCAUUUCAGCCUUAUACCAGCGGGUGGUGGUGGUAUCCUGACUCAUGCUGUUGCUCAUGUUGCUUCAUCCAUUAAGAUCAAAGAGGACCAAUCUGGUGUUGGAAUUGAGUCCCUUCUAAACAGAGUGGAGAACUUGAUUGUAAAUGGAGACUUGAGUACAGCAGCGGAGGCGUUGGAAGGAGGGUUACAGGGGAGUGAAGCGGCUGAAAUAGCUAGCGAGUGGGUGAAGCAAGCAAGGAAACGUGCAAUAGCAGAGCAGACUCUCACUCUCCUCCAUUCUUAUGCUUCUUCCAUCACAUUCUCGUGAUUUUGUUGAUCAAUGUUCUAUACUCCUAUUCAACAAGAUCUGCGAGUUAAAGUACUAGUCCAAUCACAAAUCUCUGAAGACCAUAUUGCAAAUACCUGAAUCUAUAGGAGCCAGAGCCAUUCCAUGCCAAGCGGCUGCUGACUUUUCCACCUUUUUCAACAGAGCUAAUAAUUUUUGCCGUGUAGCUACUAGCUACUUGGUAUCCUGAUAUUUUAGCUGCCAGUUGAGGCACACUUUGGAUAGAAUUGCCAAUUUUGCUGCGGAUGUAAAUUUCCUCGUUAUGAACUCCUGAUGCUGGCAACAUGCUUACAAGUGAGCGAGCUUGACUUUCGUUU